UGUGGCCGCCCAAGUCCUCCACUUUCUGCUCUGUGGCUGCCCAUUGCCACGAUCCCGGAGGACUCCGUGCCGCCCCGCCGCCUCCGAGCUCGGGCCCCAUGUGAGGGGCCCCCCCUUAUCCCACCUUUCCGGCUAGGUGAGGGCGCGAGCGGGCGAGCGAGCGAGAGUGGUGAGGGGGGACGGAAAAGCAGAAUUACCUGUAGCUCUUGUUCUGCCAUCUCGGGCGCUCUCACACACCUUCACCUGCACAGACUUGAAAGUCCAGUUUCACCAGAGGCUGAGGCUCCAGGAAAAGGGGAGCGAGUUCAUUGGAUCAAACAUGUCACAAGAGUCGGACAAUAAUAAACGACUGGUGGCCUUAGUGCCCAUGCACAGUGACCCCCCGUUCAAUACCCGAAGAGCCUACACCAGUGAGGAUGAAGCCUGGAAGUCAUAUUUGGAGAAUCCCCUGACGGCGGCCACCAAGGCGAUGAUGAGCAUUAAUGGUGAUGAGGACAGUGCUGCUGCCCUGGGCCUGCUGUAUGACUACUACAAGGUUCCUCGAGACAAGAGGCUGCUAUCUGUAAGCAAAGCAAGUGACAGCCAAGAAGAGCAGGAUAAAAGAAACUGUCUUGGCACCAGUGAAGCCCAGAGUAAUUUGAGUGGAGGAGAAAACCGAGUGCAGGUCCUAAAGACUGUUCCAGUGAACCUUUCCCUAAAUCAAGACCACCUGGAGAAUUCGAAACGGGAACAGUACAGCACAAACAUCUCUGAGAGCCCAGCCAUCAUCCCCGUAUCAGGAAUCACAGUGGUGAAAGCUGAAGAUUUUACACCCGUUUUCAUGGCCCCACCCGUGCACUAUCCCCGGGGAGACGGUGAGGAGCAACGUGUGGUUAUCUUUGAACAGACUCAGUAUGGCGUGCCCUCCAUGGCCAGCCACAGCACCUACCUCAAGGAUGACCAGCGCAGCACCCCAGACAGCACUUACAGCGAGAGCUUCAAGGAUGGAACCACAGAGAAAUUCCGGAGUGCUUCAGUUGGGGCUGAGGAGUACAUGUAUGACCAGACAUCAAGUGGCACAUUUCAGUACACCCUGGAAGCCACCAAAUCUCUGCGUCAGAAGCAGGGGGAGGGCCCCAUGACCUACCUCAACAAGGGACAGUUCUAUGCCAUAACGCUCAGCGAGACUGGGGACAACAAAUGCUUCCGACACCCAAUCAGCAAAGUCCGGAGCGUGGUAAUGGUGGUCUUCAGUGAAGACAAAAACCGAGAUGAACAGCUGAAAUACUGGAAGUACUGGCACUCCCGGCAGCAUACGGCAAAGCAGAGGGUCCUUGACAUUGCUGAUUACAAGGAGAGCUUUAAUACGAUUGGCAACAUCGAGGAGAUUGCAUAUAAUGCUGUUUCCUUCACCUGGGACGUGAACGAAGAGGCGAAGAUUUUCAUCACUGUGAAUUGCCUGAGUACAGAUUUCUCCUCCCAGAAAGGGGUGAAAGGACUUCCUUUGAUGAUUCAGAUUGAUACGUACAGUUAUAAUAAUCGUAGCAAUAAACCCAUUCAUAGAGCUUACUGCCAGAUCAAGGUCUUCUGCGACAAAGGAGCAGAAAGGAAAAUCCGAGACGAAGAGAGGAAGCAGAACAGGAAGAAGGGGAAAGGCCAGGCCUCCCAAACCCCCUGCAACAACUCCUCUGAUGGGAAGUUGGCGGCGAUACCUUUACAGAAGAAGAGUGACAUCACCUACUUCAAAACGAUGCCUGACCUGCACUCACAGCCGGUCCUCUUCAUACCUGAUGUUCACUUUGCAAACCUGCAGAGGACGGGACAGGUGUAUUACAACACGGAUGAUGAACGAGAAGGCAGCAGUGUCCUUGUUAAACGGAUGUUCAGGCCCAUGGAAGAGGAAUUUGGUCCAGCACCUUCUAAGCAGAUGAAAGAAGAAGGGAUGAAGCGAGUGCUGCUGUAUGUGCGGAAGGAGACGGACGAUGUGUUCGACGCUUUGAUGUUGAAAUCCCCCACUGUGAAGGGCCUGAUGGAAGCGAUAUCUGAGAAGUAUGGGCUGCCUGUGGAGAAGAUCACAAAGCUUUACAAGAAAAGCAAAAAAGGCAUCUUGGUGAACAUGGACGACAACAUCAUUGAGCACUACUCGAAUGAGGACACCUUCAUUCUCAACAUGGAGAGCAUGGUGGAAGGCUUCAAGAUCACACUCAUGGAAAUCUGAGCCCUGCUCUCGGCCUCCCCUCGGCAGGGGCCCUGGGUGCCUUCCUUCCCAGUAGAGACAGAGACCCCGGCCUGGAACCCAGGCACCCACCUCCCCCACCUCACAACCACUGUUACAGACUGUGCUGGGAGCCGGGUGAGACACGGAGCCCAUUCCUUACCAGUGUGUUUGGCCCAUCCACUGACUCCUACUGGAGCCGAAGCCUGAGCCCCUCAGGAAGGUGUGCUGGGCUGGUCAGACACUUAUUUAUUGUCCACCUGGUUCUGGAGCCCGGGGUACCAGGCCCGCUAGGACGCUGCAGGACACUGCUGGCCCCAGAUGAGACCGUCCAGAGCCCUCCCCUUCCAAGGGAAACACAGCCAAUCCGCUCGCUCCGAGGAGCCUGAGCACGUCUGGGUCCUUCUGCUUCACCUCCGCCUCUCCUGAGUGGCUGGACCGAACGGGCUCUGCCGCUGCGGUAGUCUGCGGGGGCCAGAGGUGGACGCCGCUUCCUGGUCAGAAAGCUGCAGGUCGCCCCGGGGAAGGCCAUCUUGCUAAGCACCUCCCGGGGUUUCCAGCGAGUGGCCCCCGGGCCUUGUACAGGAAGACGUUCCGCUCCGCUGUAAUUAGUAACCCAGAAGGUAUGCCUGGCUUUCCUGUACAUAGUGUUUAUAAUAUGGCAAUAAUAUAUUUUACCUGUAGUACGUGGGCAUGUUUACUGCCGCUGGCCUUGGGGAGACACGGAGCCAGGACUCCGCCUCUGUGCUGUGCAGGAGGCGCCCCGGGUAGGGAAGUGGCCUCCGGGGCGCCGGGAAGGACGCUCGGGGGGGGGGGCGCGCCCGCCCCGUGGGCCGCGGCACUUGUCUCGCGCUGAUGCCCGGCCUGGCCGUGCGAGCCGCCUGGGCCGUGGCGGAGGUCAGAGUGCCGCGGGGAGCUUGGCGGAGAGCCUGCGGGGCGCUCUGCUGGGGCCCGCUGCAGAACUCCUUGGUGAUCGUGAGGGCCUGGCCCCUGUGGAGUGCCUCACGGUUUACAAGUGCAUCCUUCGUCUCAAGUGGCUCCCCUAGAAGCCGACCGCAGCCCUGCGAGCCGUGCCCGCAGCUUAGCUCCGGAUCCACAGGCCGGCGCUGCUUCCCGCGGCCGCCUCUGCUCCGGGCUGCCGGGUGGGGGUGCCGAGGGCUGGGGGAGCGCCCCCAGAGCGCUCUGGCUCUUCUGCAGGCAGCCUCCCGAGGAGGACUGGGAGGGAGAAGGUCCCGUCCUCCCGCACAUGCCUUGGGAGACCAAGAGGAGAAAAAACGCUUCCCUAAACCAUCACGGAAUGAUGAGGCGUCCUGGGCUGCUGUCCUCUUUGAAGGGACAGGUAGGUGGUCUUGGGCUUUGCAUUCACCCUCGUGGGCUGAAGCACCAGCCUUUUGGUAGCCAGACGUGUCCUCCACCCAAGGUCCUGCACUGGGACAGGUUCUAUGUAUGGGCCUCGAUUUGUUUGCGAAGCACUUUGAUAUCUUACCUGGGGGGCUCUCUCUCCAAGGCCUCCCUGCCUCCCACCCCGUCUGGCCCUGAGGCCCAGAGCAGGACGGAAGGGCUGUUUUCAGCCCAGCUGUCUCUCCUUGAGGCUGCAGAGGAUUUGAAUGGGAUGGAGAGCAGGGGCCGCACCUAGGGAGAUGCGGGGUGGUGGUGAGGGGGCAUCUUUCUGUGUGUCUUCUGGACACCUUACCCCUUCCCGUGGUGCCAAAGGUUUGCAUCCUGGAUUCAGUUCUGCUCCAGCCUGUUCCCUCCUCCCCCACUGUGACUGCCAUGCCCUGGACCAGCAGCUUGGGAACCCUCCUGGGUACUGACACGGCUGUGUUCUAUGAUGGACACAUUCAGUGUUGGAAAUAGGUGAUGUACUAUGCACUACCCGUGCUCCUUGCCUCAGGGGUGGGCUCAAACAUGAUUGGCAGACGAAAUGGCAAAUACUAUUGGGCUGGGGCAUAGACUCCAGAGCUGGGAAAAGGUAAAAUUUUGGGCAGUCUGACACAGGUUACGCUACCCUUCUUUCUCUAGGCUCUGUGGGAAAAUGUUUGCCUGUCCCGCCCUAGGCCGAGAGUGACUCAGAGAUGCUUUGCAUUUGUUUCCGGCCCUUGAGCAACCACUGGGGUGACCCUUACCCACCAGAACCAAGACUGAGGCCAGUGCCACUGAAGGGUGGUGCAGAGCAUCACCUGCCAUCUGAUCUGCCCCCCCCACCUGUCCCCUCAGCAUUCUCAGAGUGCCCGUGGCUUAGCGUGGAUGUGUCCUCCACCGUGAACAUCAGCAGAGCUUCAAUGAGCACAAUUUUCUGAGCAGAAACACUCUAGAAAGAUAGGAAAAACUGCCUCCUCUUUUGUCCCUCAAAUUAAUCACACUCAAAUAAAUAUGCUUUUUAAAAAAAUCCAUGUAAGAUGAGGGAGAUGUAAAACAAGUAUUUUUCAUAUAUAUACACCCAAGUUGCUUAGACUUAACAGGUGUUUGGAAAUUGGGACCAACAGAAAAAUGCAGUCAGAUGUCAUCUUGGACUUGGAUCCUAAAAGACUAAGCCCAGAAACUUAGGAAGCGUGAAAUGAAUCAAACAUUUAUUUUCCUUCUUAUUUAAAAUUAGGAAAGUGCAACAGAAACAGAGGGUUUGUGCCAAAUUCUGUGAACGGCCCUUUCUUAAAAACAAGCAAGGGAGAUUGAUAGAUGGACAAUUUGCUCUCGUGUUUUUUUUAAAAAAAGGCAAAUGUAACUUAAUAGUUUUGUAAAUGGGAGAGGGGGAAUCUAUAAACUAUAAAUACAGUUAUUUUAUUUUUUGUACAUUUUUAAGAAGAAAAAAAUAAAUAUUCAUAAUGUCAG